AUGUUCAGGAAUCAAUACGAUACCGACGAGACGACGUGGUUGCCGGCGGGGCGGCUGUUCCAAGUGGAGUACGCGAUGGAGGUGGUGAAGCAGAAGAGUUCGAGACGAUGGAAGAAAAAACUGGAAAAUGGAGACUGUGGAUCGAGCGCGCAGCAGGGAGGAAGUAGUCGAGAGCGUGACCUGAACGCGAGUAGGCGCGUGGUUGAUGUCAGGAGAUCCCAACGGCCUGCGCAAGGGAAUAAUUCCCCUCAGCUCAGAGGGGGGCACGUGGCGAGAACGUAUUGGUGCAGAGUGAUAGUGGCCGCAACCACCUCUGACACCCCUGACAUUUCUGACAACACGCACACUGUGUGUGUACGGACGGGCAGCGCGGGCAGGAAAGCUCACCAAUAUCCGGGCAGCUCAUAG